CCUUUUCCGGUAUUUGGUUUUUCCACAGAAACCAAAGGUAAACUAUUUUAUUAGAUUCGAUUUGAUUAGCAUCUUUGUCUGAUGACGAUAUGAUAUGAGUAAGAGAAAGAUAUUCAAACAAACUUCGAUUAAAGAUCACGUAAAUAAACGCCCCAGAAUUUUACCAUCGGAAGAAACGAAAAUACAAAUAAGAUCCGGUGAAGACAAUCAAAUUACAAUGGCAACUUCUUCAUAUCUAACAAGAGAGGAUCAUGGUAUAAGCGAUUCUGAUGAAGAAACCCAGCCAAUCGAUAGUCAUGAUGACACGGAUGAAGAUGAUAGUAGUAGCGAUGAAUACGAUAAUAACGAGCAGAGUUUAAGGAAAUUAGGAGAGGAAGGAAUUCCUAUUCAAUUUGGUUGUGAAAAUGAAAUUUUAUGUAUGCCAGGAGCCGAUAAAAAUUAUAGGCAUGAUGAUUAUGUAAAAAUGCCCACUGAGUCACGAAGGUGGACCGAGAUUACAAAUCAAUUAAAAAAUGUUAAUGAUUUUUGUAGUUUUAAGAAGGCCGUGAAAAAGUAUUUUAACGACAUUAACGGUACAAGUUUGAAUUUUGAAGCUUUAAAAGAGUUUUUGAAGCAAUAUUCAAAAAGGAGGGAAACCCUUGGUAAAAUUGUUCGGUUGGCUCUGGAGCUGAGAAACUAUAAAAUUCCCUAUCUUAAGAGUGGAACAAAAAAAUGCAUUACGCUUGGCCAAUACAGCAUCGCAUGCUUGUUAGCUAAUGCUUUCUGUUGUACUUUUGAGCAGUCAAAACAGGAUAACUGUCCAAAUAUUAAUUUCUCUCAUCUUUUCUUUUGUGAUGAUCAAGGACCAGACAUGCAAAGAAAAUUGGAAAAAUUGAGGUGUAUUUUCAAUUAUUUUGAUCGAAUUAUUGAUAGGAAGGACGAAGGUGGCAUGGAAACUUACAUAACAUUUGACAGACGCCAUGUUACGAGUGAUAUGAUUCCUAAUUGGGAAACAAGUUCUGCUAAAAUUGGUUCAGAAAAAUUUUUUGUUACACACAAAGAAAUUCAUCAAUCAGAUUAUGCUGUAGUUGAUUUUGCGAAUAAAUAUAUAGGAGGAGGUGUUCUUGGCAGAGGACUCGUUCAAGAAGAGAUAAUGUUUUUACAGAAUCCUGAAUUGAUUGUUUCAAGACUAUUUACCCAAAGAUUAGAAAGUACAGAUUGCUUAGUUAUUACCGGAUUUGAAAAUUUCAAUAAAACUACAGGAUACGCGUCAACUUUCAAAUUUGAUGAAAAAUCGGACGAUAAAACACAUACAUAUCAACUAUGCAAAGAUAUGAAACAACGUUUUUCUCAAACAAUCGCCAUUGAUGCUCUACCCUUUAGAGACCCUAGUGACCAAUAUAAACAUGCAAACCUAAAACGGGAAUUGAAUAAAGCUUUUGUUGGUUUUCAUGAACCACAUGAAAAAAGCGUUGCUUUAGCCACCGGAAAUUGGGGCUGUGGAGCUUUUAAAGGAGAUAGGGAAUUAAAAUUUUUAAUACAAUUAAUGGUAGCCACCGAAACUAAAAGAGAGAUUUACUAUUCAACUUUUAACGAUAAAAGAUUCGAAAAGAAACUAAGAAGUAUAUACAAUAAAUUGAAGAGCAAUCGCAAAGAAGUGAAAGAUAUUUAUAAAUACAUUAUAGACUUUGGACCUGAAGUGUUCAGGAAUGAAGCACAUAUCUUUCGAUUUAUUGAAGAAAACCUUUGA